AUCAGGGGGGCAGGGGAUGCAAGGUCAACAGGGCAGUGUAUAUAAGUCAGUAGGGCAGUGUACAGGAGGUCCAGCAGGGCAGAGAGAGAUGGAAAGCAGUUCGGAAGUUUACAGUGGGUUAUCAAGGCAGUUUACAGGGGUUAGCAGGGAAGUGUACAGGGGGUCAGCAGGACAGAAGAUGAGAGGUCAGCAGGGGAGUGUACAAGAGUCAGUAGGGCAGUUUACAGGUGGUCAGUAGGGCACAAAAUAGGGGUAAGCAGGGCAGAGGAUGGGAGAUAAGCAGGGGAGUGUACAAGAGUCAGUCUGGCAGUAUACA